AUGAAUUCUGGAAGCCUAUCUUUCUCCGGUUUGCCCAGUGACCAAGGGACCAAAAUCGACUGCAGCAGUGUCUUCUCAGAUGUCCUUCACCGGCCAUUUGCCUGCAGUCAUGUCAUUCUUACCCGGUUCACCUCGCAUAUUCCCAAGGCAAACCAGAUCCGUCGCUUCGAGGACCUGACUCACGAUCAGUAUGCUGAGAAAUGGACUGAGCAGCCAUUCGUACUUACCAAUUGCAUUCAAGAAUGGCCAGUAUAUGAGCAGUGGACUAUAGAUAGCAUGCUCCAGAUGUAUGGCAAAGUCGAGUUUCGUGCUGAGGCUGUUGACUGGCCAUUCGCAACCUAUCACACAUACAUGAAGAACAACAGCGACGAAAGCCCUCUGUAUCUCUUUGACCGGAGAUUUGCAGAAAAGAUGGGUAUCAGAGUCGGUAAGAAGCCAGGCACUGCAUACUGGAGACCAGACUGCUUUGGUCCUGAUCUGUUCGAGGUUCUUGGAGACGAACGCCCUGCCCAUCGAUGGCUGAUUGUCGGCCCCGAGCGAAGUGGCUCAACCUUCCACAAAGACCCCAACGCAACGAGUGCUUGGAACGCUGUAAUUCAGGGAUCCAAGUAUUGGAUAAUGUUCCCACCAGCUACACAGGUCCCCGGUGUUUACGUUUCUGAUGACAGCAGCGAAGUCACCAGUCCCCUUAGCAUCGCGGAAUGGCUUCUCACUUUUCAUGAAGAAGCACGGCAACUUCCUGACUGCGUCGAGGGUAUUUGCAAAGCCGGGGAGAUCCUUCAUGUUCCCAGCGGAUGGUGGCAUCUGGUGGUCAAUCUCGAGAGCGGCAUUGCACUUACGCAGAACUUCGUGCCACAAAGCUUAAGCCUUGUAUCAGAAGUUGUUUCCUUCCUGCGGGACAAGGCUGGCCAGGUCAGUGGAUUCGAUGAUAAGGUCGCGGACCCUUUUCAACUCUUCGUGGAGAGAAUGAAGAGCAGCUAUCCGAAAUUUCUGGACAAAGCCCUGGACCUGGCCGACACGAAGAGCGGCAAAAAACGUAAAUGGGAUGCUGCUGUUGGUGGAAUAGACCAUGAACAAGAGCAGAAAGGAGGUGAUGGUUUCAGUUUUGGUUUUGGCGGCGAUGGUGAUGAUAUAGAAAUACCCUAG